ACCCUAAACCCUCAUCUUCCACCCCCAGAGAGAGCCGAACACCAGGCCAGCGUGCUCAUUUCUACUCCUGAUCUUGCUGUGCGCCCCGGCCUGUUGUGUAACGUCCAGAGUCUUUGCAGAAUAAACAUGGAGAGACAUUAUUCACGUUUGGUGGUAGAAUCAUCUUACUCAGACUUGGUCAUCAAUGUGGGAAGAGUAACUCUUGGUGAAAGUAACAGAAAAAGGCUGCAGAAAGUUCAGAGAGAGAAAGAGAAGAUGAAAGUGAGCCAGGCUGCAUGUGCUUUAUUAAACUCAGGAGGAGGAGUGAUUCAACUGGAAAUGGCAAACAACGAUGAAAAUCUUGUGGAGAUGGGACUGGAUUUAGAAGAAGCUUUGAGAACACUUAUUCUGUUUUCAAAUCUGCAAGCUUUCUUCGAGACAAAGCAACAAGGGAGUUGUUACUACAUUUUUGUGAAGUCUUGGAGCAGCGACACUUUUCUUGAAAACACUUCUGUUAAGCCCCGCAUUUGUAGCCUGAGUUCUUCGUUAUACUGUAGAUCCGGCACUUCUGUGUUUCUCAUGGAUUCAGGAAAAGCAUUCCAUUUCCUGAAAACCAAGAAAACAAAUGCAAAAAGAACCUCAGGGAAAGAACCUUUUGGUGAAAUUUUCAAGGUUAUACAUCCAGACGUCCGUGACGUGGAUCCUACGUACUGUGUUUUUCAAAAAGACCAUUUUGAACAUGGUGAAGUCAUGCCUUUUCCUGAGUCUCAAUUCAUAGAGUUUAAGCAGUUCGCUACAAAACACAUUGAACAAUAUACGAAAGACACAAUUUUAGAGUAUAUCCCUGCAUUUGCGAACACUGAAGGAGGCUAUCUUGUUAUUGGCGUGGAUGAUAAAAGUAGGAAAGUUCUAGGAUGUGCUAAAGAAAAUGUUGACCGUGACUCUUUGAAAAAGAAAAUAGAAGAAGCAAUACAAAAAUUAUCUUGUGUCCAUUUUUGCCAAUCUCAAUGCCAGAUAGAUUUCACAGUCAAAAUCUUGGAUGUGUUAGCCAAGGGAGAGCUAUAUGGCUAUGCUUGUGUAAUCGGAGUGAAGCGAUUCUGUGGUGCAGUGUUCUCGGGCGUUCCCAGUUCCUGGAUGGUGAAGGGUAACGAUGUUUGCAGCCUGACAACUGAGGAAUGGCUAAGCAUGAUGAUGGAUACAGAUCCAGAUCUUACACAGCUGUGCAAAGACUUUGAAUCUCAGCUGAGUCUGUCUAACAGCCCUCCUCAGAGCAGACCAGUGUACUCCAAGAAAGGUCUGGAACAUAAGAAGGAGCUCCAACAACUCUUAUUUCCAGUGACAUCAGAAGGUCUGAAAUACACCCCUGAAUCUCUCCAGGAGGAACUGUUCUCGCAGAAUGAAGGUUUGAAGGAAUUAAUAACUAGGCAAAUAGACCCAUUCUCCCAGGGAAUUUUAAUCCUUUCUACAAGCUGGGCUGUGGACCUGAACUUGGAAGAGAAGCAAGGAGUUGUCUGUGAUGCUCUGCUGAUAGCGCAGAACAGGCCGCCCAUUCUCUACACCAUCCUCAGGGAGCAAGACGUAGAGGGGCGGUCCUAUUGCACUCGCACCGCCUUCACUCUGAAGCAGAAGCUGGUGAACGUGGGAGGCUACACUGGAAAUCUGUGUAUCACGACCAAGGUCCUCCACCUGAGUCUCAAGAGCAGUGCACAGUCCUCGGCGGGUUCAGGCUCUGUGAUUGAUUACCCCAGUUCCUAUCACCUCGCAGACACUCAGCAAAUGGAAGCUUUGCUGCAGUCCCUUGUGAUCGUCUUGCUUGGCUUCCGGUCUCUCUUGAGUGACCAGCUCGGCUGUGAGGUUUUAAAUCUGCUCACAGCCAAGCAGUAUAAGAUCUUCUCAAAAAACCUCCGCAAGAGCAAAGAGUUGUUUAUCCAUGGCUUACCUGGCUCAGGGAAGACGAUCAUGGCCAUAAACAUCAUGGAGAAGAUCAGGAACACGUUUCACUGUGAGACAAAUGAAAUUCUCUACAUUUGUGAGAACAAGCCUUUGAGGAAUUCUAUCAGGGGCAAAAAUAUCUGCCAGGCAGUGACCCGGAAGAGCUUCAUGAAACAUGACUUUAGUCACAUUCAACACAUCAUCAUCGAUGAAGCUCAGAAUUUCCGCACUGAAGAUGGGGAUUGGUAUAGAAAGGCGAAAACCAUCACUCAGAGAGACGUGGAUUGCCCAAGAAUUCUCUGGAUCUUUCUGGACUACUUUCAGACCAGCCACGUGGAGCGCAUCGGCCUCCCUGUUCUCUCAGCCCAGUAUCCAAGGGAAGAGCUCACCAGAGUGGUACGCAAUGCAGGUCAAAUAGCAGGAUACGUCCAAUAUAUAUUGCAGAAGGUCAGGAAAAAUCCUCCUUGUAACAUCCCCCAUGAGCCCCUGAAGAUGUGUCUUGAAGCUAAAUGGGCUAGGGAUGUGCAGGGAACCUUAAAUCUUAAGAAGAACUUAACUCCGAAUGCAAUAGUGACGCAUGUGGCAGACACAUGCAAGCUUCUCUUUGAAAGGGGCUAUUCUCCCAAGGAUGUUGCUGUGCUUGUGAGCACCACAAAAGAUGUGGAGAAAUACCGGCAGAAGCUCUUGCAAACAAUGAGGGAUAAAGGGAUAGAGUGUCUCACCAAUGAGAGUGACGUGAGGGGUGAUCACAUGGUGUUGGACAGUGUCCGAAGAUUCUCAGGUCUGGAAAGGAGCAUUGUGUUUGGGAUCCAUCCAAGCACCGUGGAGCCGGCUAUCUUAUACAACAUUCUAGUCUGUCUGGCAUCCAGAGCGAAUCAACAGCUACAUAUUCUGUGGCAGCGUGACGUUUAAGAAGAAUUCCAAACCAAAACAGGAUGAGGCGAUUUGCUCUGUCAGUAUCCAUGGGUGGCAAUCUGAUUGGUAUUGGAAGAAACCUGUCUUUUCCAUUCAUGGGUCAGCUAGAGAUUUGGGCAGAGCUGACAUACAGAAUCUGGAACUUCCCUCUCUGGCUCUCUCCUUUCAGGGAUUCCUCCCCAAACUCCUUCUGGCAGCUAUUGUCCCAAACUCUGCCCCUGAUACUUCCAACCAGAAGGAUAGUGGUUUUCUAAAGGAGCUUUAAUCACCCUGCACAGUGCAGACUGUGACCUGCCCUAUGGCUAAAAGCCAUAAAAAUAAUACAUUCGUCCUGUGGCCAUUGUUUCUUCCAAGUCUGGACACUUAUAAUGUAUUAAAAAAAUUUUUGUCCAGGAUCUUUAGUUAAUCUGCAGAAGGGUGGUCUGGUUGGAACUACUUGGCCAAAUUAAAAGCAGAAUUCUUGUUUCCAGAAUUCUUUUUUUUUUUUUUUUUGCAUUACAUUAUAAUUUAUUACCCCAAAGAAACCCUGCAUUUGAAUAGCACUUCUCACUUCUUCUGUCUCUUUCUCUGUCCAUACACAAACAUGAGGUCAUGUGAACACAGAGAGAGAUGGUGGCCACUUCCAAGUCAAGAGAAGAGGCUCCAGGAUGAGACAACUCCUACUGACACCAUGAUCUUCAAUUCUCAGCAUCUAGAACUUUGUGAAAUAAAUUUCUGUUCUUUAAGCCACCCAGUCUGUGGCAUUUUCUUAUUACAUCCUGGGCAGACUAACAUAGCCACAGAAUUAUUCUUCUAACUAAAACACUGAUACUUAAUAGUGUUAGUAUUAGCUGGCUGAGUCAUGUCCAACUCUUUGCAAUCCCAUGGACUAUAGCUCACCAGGCUCCUCUAACCAUGGAAUUCUCCAGGCAAGAAUACUGGAGUGGGUAGCUAUUCCCUUCAGGGGAUCUUUCCGACCCAGGGAUCGAACCCAGGCCUCCCGCAUCACAGGCAGAUUCUUCACCAUCUAAGCCACCAGGGAAGCCCUGCCACUUAAUGACGCUAAUGCAUUUCUUAUUUUCUGUCUAUACAAAACAUUUGAAAAAUGUUUCUGGUCCAAAAGUAACCACAAAAUAUUUGUACAACUAAUGGAAAUUUAAAACAUUACAUGACUAAUAUUCCACUUAUUACUAGUCCUAUACUACUCCCCUUCUCCCAUAUUAUAAGUUACGAAUUUUUCUUUCUCCUGUUUGUGCUCGCACAUGAAAUUCCACCCUCUUGACUUGAGACUGUGGGCUCUUCUAACUUCAGCAAAAUAAGGAAAAAAUGUUCUUUCUUUCUGACUGCAUGAAAUCACCUACAACACUGCACCAAAUAGUUAUCCUUGUAAAUGCUGUUUCUAAUAAAACUGGUUUUGUAAGGUC